AAUUUAUUACAAACAAUAUAUAUUUAAAAGAAAUACUUAAAGAAAUCAAUAAUAUUAUUUAUAAUUUAAUGAAGAAAGAGGAUUCUAAUCUUUACUAUAAAUGUAACCUACUGAUACCUUAUUAAUACAAAUUUCUUUAUAAAAAAUGUUAUCUACUAUUGUAAAAGAACACCAAAGCAAACAAGCAGCGAGAAAAGAAAGACAAGAACAAAAAAGAAAAGAAGCUGUACAAGCUGCAAGUAACUUGACACAAGCUUUGGUUGAUCAUCUAAAUGUAGGUGUGGCACAAGCAUAUCUCAAUCAAAAGAAAUUAGAUGCAGAGGCAAAACAAUUGCAACAUAGUGCAACAAAUUUUGCAAAACAAACACAAUCAUGGUUGAAUCUAGUAGAAGCAUUUUCUAGUGCACUAAAAGAAAUUGGUGAUGCUGAAAAUUGGGCACGCAGCAUUGAAGGAGAUAUGAGAACUAUAGCAACUGCUUUGGAAUAUUCUUACAAAGCUACUCAAGAAGCUCAAGGGACCAGCACUUCUUGAAAGCACUUCAAAAAUGUACACUGUUACAAUAAUAUUUAAAAAGAAACUUAACAAUAAGUGUUAUAAAAUUUAAUAUUUUUAUGUUUAAUGUUUUAUGUUUGUAUUAUUAUGUUAAAAUAUAUGAAUUUAUCACGUU